GUUUUGAGAAGCCAACCACAAACUAUCCUAGCCUGCUAACUGCUACCGUGCAGGGAGGGGAGGGUCAUGGACGCGACAUGAACUGGGCAUUUCGCUUCCCAGCUCGUUGGGAUACAGGGGAUACACUCCUUGGUUCGAACAUCGGCCAGACGCGGCCAUGCACUAGCUUCCCAAGUUCCUGUUUGCUGCCACUGGUCUUGAAAUCCGAAAGAAGUGAGCAAACCGACAAGAGUGGAGUGCUGGUGUUCGUGGGGCACUUCAUCAGCUCGAAAGCCAAGGAGAGGUUAGGCAACCCUCAAUUUCCGCGAGCUGGAUCUCUUCUCCAUCGCAACAAGAAUACAGCUGGUAGCUCCAGGUGAAUGCUUUGUUGGACCUCGUAUUCCCCCUCUUAUCCAGCAUAUCGACUGGGAAAGAAGCGAAGAAUGGAUUCUAGGACGGAAAACGAGGGGUUUUGAAAAGCAAUGUCUCCCCUCAGCCUAAGCAAUCUCCCCAUCGAGAUAUUACUCCACAUUGCUUUGGGUAUCAAACGCCCAAUCCAUCGGCUACACCUUGCACUAUGCUCUCGUGCCUUCUCUGAGCUGUUUCUCCGCUUCGUCUUCCUCGAUAUCAAACUGGAAGAUGUAGGCGCUAAGACUGUGAUUGCUCUGGUUCAAACGCUCCUCCGCAACCCGCAUAUUGCAUCAUGCACUCAAACUCUUGAGAUUAACGAUUGGUCGACGGAGCUCAGCUAUAGGAGAAACAGCUAUGACCCACCUGAGACCCUUCCAUCUCCAAAUUCGGAGCUCCUCUUUGACCAAGACCUUAUUCGCAACGCGGCCCAGGGGCUCUACACUGCCAGCGACGAACAUGCGCUACCAAAAUUUCUGGCUCAUCUCUCAGCCGGCAAUGAGGAUGCAUGGGUCGGUCUACUCCUUUUCUCUGUCCCAAAUUUGAAGGAAUUGAGGUUGUCUGUGCCAUAUGAAUGCUCUUUCCCACGGAGACUUGUCGAACGUGCGGCAGCACGUCUACCGCCCUUUGAUUCCCGGCCAGCUUUCACCCGCCUCUCUCACGUCUUCGCCAAAUGGUAUGAUAGCGAGAAUUCUCUUGAAUCCGAAGCGUUAGAGCCGUUCUUUUUCUUUCCGUCCGUCCGCCGUGUUGCUGGCGAACAAAUUACAGAUUAUAUACCAAUGAAACCCGAUGAUGAUGAUGAUGAUGAGUAUGAAGAUGAAGAGCCAAUCAGCGUUUAUGAUGACCGUGCAACUAUUUUAGCAUAUUCAGAAAACAAGCCCACAACUUCGACCGUGUCCGAAAUAGAUAUUUCGAGAAGCAAUACUAAUAAUGGCUUCGUCCGGCAAAUCAAGCUGUGCAAAAAUCUCACAUCGUUCAGAUUCGAACACGCCGACUCCUUUGAAUAUGACUCUAGUUUCCUCCCGGGAGAUUUCGCCCGCUCUCUCGCUCACGUUAAGCACAGCCUCGAAAACCUCUGGCUCAGCUAUGACGACUACUAUUUCAAUGGGCAGUCCUACCAGGGAGAUGACGAGACUUUUGGCUCCCUGGCCGGCUUUUCUGUGUUAAAAUCACUGUACAUCUUAGCCACGAGUCUGAUAGGUACGGACGCGCUGGGCAGCACAGGCGACGACUACGACGACGCCCUAUUGAACCCCACAGAUCACAAGCGGCUGUCAACGAUACUCCCCGCUUCGCUCGAGUCACUUACGCUGGCCAACGUUUCCAAACGUCAUUAUGCCGGAGUCAUCAGGCACCUGAAGAAUCUGGUCGAACCCUCUAACUUCUCGCAAUACACACCCCGGCUCAGCGAGUUAAAGAUUGAGGGCGAAUUUUCCAGAAACGACGAGCGGAAUCAACCCGGCAUUAUGAUGACAUUAAACGGGCCGGAGCCGGGGAUCCCGCAGGAAUUUCUGGACCAGGCUGAAGAGCUGGAGGAUUUAUGUGAAACAAUUGGAGUUGACUUUGAGGUCCUUGAUUCGCGUAUUCUUUUGUUCAGAGAGUUGAAGCACAAACGGAAUGAGUGGAGGAAACGACAGGUGGGCCUUGAUUAGUUAGUUAGUCAACGGGCUCAGAUGUUUCCCUUUUCUUCGCUUUGCUCCUAGUACAGUUCGAUAUCUGUUUUCACCUGUGUGAGUUAUGAUUUGCACUUCAUUUUUGUUUCGCCCUAUGUAUAGAUUCGGAAUGUAGUGCCAUUGGAUCUCAGAUCAGAAAUAUGUAAAAUCCAUAGAAUUCAAGCACUGUGCAUAUUAGGUGUGAUUGACAGAAAGUGUUGGAAAAGCGCCUAUGAUAUCUUAUUACAAUGAUUACCACUUGCUCAGACAGUGUCUAAGGGAAAAAUUUUCUCGAGAUCGGACGAAACAAAAGCAGUCAAAAGGCUUAGCACUAGACCACUAACACCUCUCCUCGCCGACGCACACGAAAACUUAACUUGCCUAUUCAUCUUAAUCACAUCUUCCAACUGCUCCAGCAGUGUAUUCGACCCAUCACUCUCCCGCGUCUCCGGAAUCAACCACUUUGUCACCGCAACCCCAAGUAACAUAAACGGCACGAAUAUAAUAAUAACAUACCCCAGCCAUUCCGCACCAGGAUCCGAAGAUCGGUAGGACCCAAUGGGUGCGAAUGCAACGAACGCCUGCACAACCACAGACGCAAUCUUGCCCGCUGCAGAGGAGAUGCCGUGGGCGGUGCAACGGAACCGGGUGGGGAAAAGCUUCGCGGGGACCAUGAAGGUAGUGAAAAUUGCGGCCAAUUUUGAAGAAUAUCUGGCUGAGAAUGUAUAGGAAGCUAAUGGGUGGGACGGAGGUGUGAUGGCUUACGGUUUCGAAACUUACGCCGAUGGCGAUAAGGAUGGCAGUUAGGACUAGGAAGAUGAAUAGCUGUAUUGUACGCGGCGAGAUGUGUGCCACAAGUUUUCGAGGAGGUCGGUGUAGACGCUGCGAGUAGGGAGGGAAAGAGGGGAGCCACCUGGAUCUCGCGUGAAUUUCAGGGGUUUUUCGUUGAAGAUUUCGGAAAUUACUUUGUAGGAGUUUGGGCUAAGGGCAUAGUAGAGUAGGCGAAAUCAAAGCAAGCUCAGGAGAGAGAGGUCUCCAGUAAAGUGGGCCAGUGGUCUUUGGUGAGGAAGAGUUCUAUGAAGCUGGUGUAGAAUCAUGCUCACCGGCUUGGUUUCUCCUCAUCAAUGUCUGAAUUGUCAUAGUUCUUGAUAGAUCGUCUUGCUGGUCCAUCAACUGUGAUUAUGGAGCUUGCUUCUGAGAGGAGAGUAGGAGCAUUCGGACUGAGUAUUGAUCUGUUACGCGCAUCCCUGCUAGACUCGCCUGAUACCCGGUGCUCGGUAAUUUUAG